AUGAGGGUCUUGGGGGACAAGUCGCCCCUUCGGAGGGCUCAGGGUUUGGAAUCGGCGCAGGAAUCCGACGAUGAGUACAUCCCCACCAGGGACACCGAAUCGAGCUACCGUUCGGAAGCUCCCCCGGAGUAUUCGAAGGCAAGAUCACCAAGUCCGAGGAAAGCUACCGAGGACUUCUGUUCCGAGGACGUUCCAAGUACGGUCGUAAAGACCACCGGGCACCCCUACCGAAUCACGAUCGUGCUCAGGAAGUCUUCACCCUGCUGA